GUGUUUGGCGGCGCUAGUUGUGUUAUUAUUGUUUAUGCGGCGCGAUUGUGUCAACAAAGUUGUGAUUAUUUUUGCAUUUUGUGUGUGUAUCCCGGACGAAAUCCUGUACAAAGCAUGCCUGUAGACAUUAAUCGCCUGACGGAGGGAUGGCUGGAGCUGGAGAGUGACCCGGGGCUCUUCACGCUCCUGCUGGAGGACUUUGGUGUGGAGGGUGUGCAAGUGGAAGAGAUCUACGAUCUGCAAAAGCCGCUUGAGGGACCGGUGUACGGGUUUAUCUUCCUCUUUCGCUGGAUUGAGGAGCGCCGGGCGCGCCGGAAGAUCGUGGAGACGAUAGACAUCUUCGUGAAGGACGAAGAAGCAGUGAACUCGAUCUUCUUCGCCCAACAAAUGGUGCCGAACAGCUGUGCAACGCAUGCCCUGCUGUCGGUGCUGCUUAAUUGUUCCGGAUUGCACUUGGGCGACACUCUGGGUCGCUUAAAAGUGCACACAAAGGCCAUGUGUCCGGAGAACAAGGGCUGGGCGAUUGGGAACACGCCGGAACUCGCUUGCGCGCACAAUUCCCACGCUAUGCCGCAGGCCAAGAGACGCCUUGACAAGAGCAGUGGCGUUUCCACGGGGCGCUUCACCGGUGAAGCGUUCCACUUUGUCAGUUUUGUUCCCAUCAAUGGCCACUUGUUCGAGUUGGACGGCCUGAAGCCCUUCCCAAUGGAUCACGGGCCCUGGGAGGAGCGCGAAGAUUGGACGGACAAGUUCAGGCGAAUCAUGGCCGAUCGCCUGGGCAUUUCAACCGGAGAGCAGGACAUCCGCUUUAAUUUAAUGGCCGUUGUACCUGAUAGACGCAUCGCCAUCACUCACAAACUAAAGAUGCUGAAGACAAAUCAAGCAAUAGUUACUGCCGCCCUAGAAAAACUCCUGAAAGUUACAAACUCCAAGCCAGACACCAAUUCCAUCUCAGACAGAAGAGCUCUGGAUCCUCCGGAUGCUGUCAAGUCUGAGCCCAAUGACAUUGGGAAUCACGUGAACUCGGAGGAGAAUCACACAAACCACAAAGAUCACGCGCCUGCCUCGCCACAACCAUUCCUGGAGCCUCAAGCCUUCUCGCCCAAGGAUCUGCUGGCGCUGCUCAAGAAUCUAGACAGUGAGAUCACGACGACGGAGCAGCACCUCAGCGACGAGAAUGACAAGAGGGCCAUGUUUAAGGUGGACGAUUGCCGGAGAACGCAUAACUACGAUGAGUUCAUCUGCACGUUCCUCAGUAUGCUGGCGCACGAGGGUGCCCUGGGGGAGCUCGUGUCGCAGCACCUUCUGCUCCCGCGCAAGAUUCCCACCACGGCGGCCAAGCGCUCGCCCAACAACGCCGGCAAGGGCGCGGGCGGGAAGCGCCGCCGUGGGAAGAACAAGUGCCGCCGCCGGAAGUAGGACGCACAGCAUCGAAUUUUCCAUUGUAAAUCGAUUGUAAAUAAAGAAAAAUCCUCAUAUUUUCUCAU